AUGGCCCAGGUACAGGCCGCUUUGUCUGGGAAAUUCUCCUACGAUUGGAUCUUUUUCAGCAGCGAGGAGCCCGGCGACGAUUUCAAAGAAACCACUUCGACUUUGGCCGGCGAGGCUACCGCCUUCUACGAGUACCUACCCAAGGAUCACCCCAUCUUCGCGGCUCAACCUUACGGUCCUUUGGACAUGUCCGAAGAUGACAGCCGAGCCUAUGCCCCUUCUGCUGCAUUGCUAGGACCUUUUCCCCUUUGCAAUGAGAGCCGAAGCGGCAUGAGCAAAGCACCUGUUCCGUCAAGCUUGGAUUUUGACAUCUUCAAGGCACUCGAUGAUCAUGGAAUGGUUUAUGGAUACAGUCAACCCAACAGCCUUGCCCCGCCAGUUACAAGCAACACGGCCCUCUACCAUCCGUACCUUAAUGAUCACUUCGGUGUCGGAAGCGUCUCGUGGACCGCGGAAGAAAUCCCUGCCAACGGCUUGGAUUCUAUUGAUGGUAAUAUUGAUGGCGCGUCGCUCACCUCAAACCAGAAAAUAGUAAGGCGGAAGGCGAUUGGCUCGACGGGUACACUCCAAGCGGAUGCGCUUGAGCUCACCGACGGGAAUGAGCAUGAUGAGCAUGAUGAGCGGUUGCUCUCACCAUCUCGCAUUAUACAAGCUCUCUCGGCCCCCGGAUCCAACUAUGAAAUCGGUUGGUUAGGUGCAUUUCGUCAGGACGACUACAAGGGAAUCACUUGGACCAUCGAUCGCAUGCAUUCCGAUGAUGCGAGCAAGGCCCUCGCUGCCCUUGAUUCGCCUCCAGCAAACGUCGAUGGCGAAGACCAACUCCAAGUUUAUCCAAUCACGACCGGGCGUACAUCGCUUCUCGACGACAAAGAAGACACGGUCGCGCUAUGGCCCCAUGGGCUUUUCAUCCACAUUUUUGAAGACGGCCCAGUCGAAGUCCCUCUCGGAAUGGCAGCUUACAUGUAUGGCUAG